AUGCACGAUGAUAUAAAACCUGUAAAUACCCCACUUACUCCUCACUUGAAACUGAGUAGCAGAUUAUCUUCGACAACUGAUGAAGUGCGAGAAUACAUGGUAAAAGUCCCGUAUGCAAAUGCAGUUGGAAGCUUGAUGUAUGCAAUGGUGUGUACGAGACCAGAUAUUUCACAAGCUGUCAGUAUUAUUAGCAGGUACAUGCAUGAUCUGGGCAAAGGUCAUUGGCAAGCGGUGAAAUGGAUUCUACGGUAUCUCCAAAAUACCAUAGAUGUUGGAUUGACAUUCAAACGGGAUAAAUCACUUGGUCAAUGCAUAGUUGGAUAUUGUGAUUCUGAUUAUGUAGGUGAUUUGGAUAAGCGACGAUCUACAACUGGCUAUUUGUUCACUUUAGCAAAGGUGCCAGUUAGUUGGAAGUCUACCUUGCAGUCUAUAGUGGCUUUGUCUACAACAGAGGCAGAGUAUAUAGUGAUUCACAGAGGAAGCAAUUUGGCUUCAUGGGCGAAGCAUAUUGAUGUUCGCAAUCAUUUUGUGUGGGAAAUUCUCGAAGAGAAAGAGAUACUUCUCCAGAAGAUUCAUACUAUGGAGAAUCCUGCAGAUAUGCUGACCAAGGUGGUUACAAGAGCCAAGUUCGAACACUGUUUAAACUUGGUUAAUAUCCUACACAUUUGA